GUGAUACUGCAUUUAUGUCAAAGUCCAAGUGAGCAAUGUCGAAACUGACACAAGUUUAUUUAUUUUGAUUUCUAUUUUAUACAAGAAAAAUAAAUUAAAUUUUCAGCUGGAAAAUAAUGGAUAAUAGUCCGGACGAAGAUGAUUUGCUGGAUGAGGACAGUUCGGAGUUCUUUAUCAAUUUUCCACCGGACGUGCAAAAGGCUAUAGACGAGGUUCUACCAAGUAGAGACUCACUAGAUGAACCAGAUUUCAACAGUAUAGACUACAUAAACAGCCUCUUCCCCACCGAACAAUCCUUGUCCAAUAUCGAUGAAGUAGUUAUAAAAAUGGAAAACCAAAUCCACACCAUUGAUAAUGAAAUAUCCACGGUUAUAAGGAGUCAAAUCGAAGCAAGCAAAGAGGGGCGAGAAGCUCUCGAUGAAUCCCAAAAAAUUAUUAAACAGUUAUUUAUCCACAUUAAAGACAUCAAGGAAAGAGCUGAGAAGUCUGAGGAAAUGGUCAGAGAGAUUACAAGGGACAUUAAACAAUUAGAUUGCGCCAAAAAGAAUUUAACCUUGGCCAUUACAACUUUAAACCAUCUUCAUAUGCUGGUAGGAGGAGUAGAUACCCUUAAAUCUCUUACCCAAAAGCGUCUUUAUGGAGAAAUAGCUCUGCCUCUUCAAGCUAUUUGCGAAGUAAUGACCCACUUUGAAAACUACUCAGACAUUCCGCAGAUUAAGAGCCUAAGUGAUCAAGUGAACAGUAUUCACGUUGAACUAGCCGAUCAGAUAACUCUCGAUUUUAAGGAAGCAUUCCAAGGCUCAAAUAAUAAAAGCCAUAUUCCCAAUAAACAACUGCAACAAGCCUGUCUAGUUGUAUCCAUCCUAGACCCAAAAGUGAAGAAGGAUCUUUUAAAAUGGUUCGUCAAUUUGCAACUUCAAGAAUACGAUCAUCUGUUUCAAGAGACUGAAGAUACGGCAUGGUUAGAUAAAAUCGACAAAAGAUAUGCCUGGAUAAAACGGCAUUUGCUAGAAUUUGAAGAUAGAUUAGGCAAUAUGUUUCCUCAAAACUGGGAAGUUUCUGAACGAAUAGCCGUACAAUUUUGCCACAAAACGCGCGAGGAAUUAUCAAAAAUUAUGGUCAAAAGAAAAAGCGAGAUUGAUGUGAAACUGCUCCUCUAUGCCAUUCAGAAAACAUCAGCAUUUGAAAGUUUGCUUUUCAAACGGUUUUCUGGAGUUACACUGAAGGAAAACCUGGAAGAAACUGUGAAAUCACAGACGAAAAGCGAUAUAAACCAAGCAAUAGCGCAAAGGAAUGGCAACUUAAAAGACGAAGCAAUCAAUGAAGAAAUGGCAUUGAUUGCCUCCCCAUUUAACGGAUUAAUAGGUAGAUGCUUUAUACCUCAUUUGGAAAUCUACAUAGACAGUGUAGAUAAAAAUCUAACUGAUCUUAUUGAUAGAUUUGUGCAGGAUGAGAAGCAGCAUAGACCGACGGAAAACACUGAAACUCAAGCAGCGAUUUUGCCAUCUUGUCCAGAUCUUUUUGUUUUUUACAAAAAGAGCAUGAUUCAAUGCAAUCAACUUGAUAGGGGGCAAUCAAUGCUGAGUUUGACUAGAACAUUCCAAAAAUAUCUGCACGAGUAUUCAGAGAAGCUUCUUCAGAAUAACUUACCCAAAAUCGAGGGGCAAUCAUCUCUGGGCAGUUCCGUUCAGAACUUCACCAAAGAUCUGCAAAAGAUGUCAACAUCCGGUCUGAUACAGAAUUUUUCCUCUUUGUUAAAGGAAGGUGAUAUUAUCAGGUUUACCAAAGAGGAGCAAACAAAAAUAUGCUGCAUAUUGACGACGGCGGAAUAUUGUUUGGAAACAACCCAGCAGUUGCAGGAUAAAUUGAAAGAAAAAAUUGAGCCGCACCUAUCAGAGCAGAUAGAUCUUUCCAAGGAACAAGACCAGUUUCAUAAGGUGAUUUCAAAUUGCAUACAACUAUUAGUCCAGGACCUGGAGAAUGUUUGUGAGCCCUCACUAACAGCCAUGACUAAGAUUCAAUGGCAAAACAUCGACACAGUUGGAGACCAGAGUUCGUAUAUCACAUCCAUAACAACAAACUUGAAAACGACUGUUCCAAUUAUUCGCGAUAAUUUGGCACAUUCCCGCAAGUAUUACACUCAGUUUUGCAUCAAGUUUGCCAACAGUUUCAUUCCCAAAUAUAUCCAGAAUAUCUACAAGUGCAAGCCCAUAAAUACUGAAGGAGCAGAACAACUGCUACUUGAUACCCACAUGCUGAAGACAGUUUUGCUAAAUUUGCCUUCAAUAGCCUCGCAAAUCAGCAGAUCGGCACCGGCUGCAUAUUCCAAAGUGGUCACGAAAGGCAUGACAAAGGCGGAAAUGAUUUUAAAACUGGUAAUGACUCCUAUAGAACCGCAAAAGAAUUUUGUGGAUCAAUGCAAAAAACUUCUACCCGAAUGCCAACUCACAGAGUUUUAUAAAAUUCUUGAGAUGAAGACGGUCAAAAGGCAAGAGCAGGCUGUUUUAGCUGAUAUGUUUAAAAGUCACAAAUAAAAUGAGAUCAUCCGUGUGCAAUCCAAGGGAUCUACUCACGACUGAGAUUCAGUAAGUGAGAUUAUUUCAACUAGCGCAACCUAUUCGUAUAUGUAAGUGUAUUAUUUAUUAGUCAUGUGCAAUGUUGCAAGCAGUACUUAACUUGACGAUUUGUUGAUUUUAUAGAAAAUUAUUAUUUAACUUAUUGCUUCUUUUUAAUACGGUUUUAUGUUACUCGUCUGUAAAUAAGGUAGGUAAUGCGUGUAGGAUGUAAGUAAAAUAUUGCCUAUGCAAAA